CUCUUCGUCUUCAUGCAUGAACCUUAACUAAGUUCUUCUUCUCUAAUCUCUCACAAGAACGUUUUAGAUCACCUUAUGAAAUCGAUGAAUAAUAACUGGCUAGGUUUUUCUCUCUCUCCUUAUGACCAAAAUAUACAUCGUACAGGCGUCGUCGACUCUUCCACCGCCACAACAGCCGUAGAUGUCACGGGGGAGUACUGUUACGAUAUGACUGCUGCCUCUGCUGAGUCUUCAGCCGUUCAAACAUCGUUUCCUUCUCCCUUUGGUGUCGUCCUCGAUGCCUUCACCAGAGACAACAAUAGUCAUUCCCGAGAUUGGGACAUCAAUGGUGGUGCAUGCAAUAACAUCCACAGUAAUGACCAAAAUGAACCAAAACUUGAGAAUUUCUUCGGCCGCACCACCACGAUUUACAACAACCGCGAAAAUGGUGGAGAUGGAAAUGGUGGUUGUGGAGAAGGAGACGGUUCUGGUGGCUCACUAGGCCUUUCGAUGAUUAAGACAUGGCUGAGGAAUCAGCCGGUGUCUAAUGUGGAUCAUCAAGACAAUAAUGGGAAUGCCGCAAGAGGCUUGUCCCUCUCUAUGAACUCAUCUACUACUUGCGAUAGCAACAACUACAACAAUAGUAAUGUUGUUGUUCAAGAGAAGACCAAUGUUGAUAGCGUUGAUGCUACACCUAAGAAAACUAUUGAGAGUUUUGGACAAAGGACGUCUAUAUAUCGCGGUGUUACAAGGCAUCGGUGGACAGGAAGAUAUGAGGCACAUUUAUGGGAUAAUAGUUGCAAAAGAGAAGGCCAAGCUCGCAAAGGAAGACAAGUUUAUUUGGGAGGUUAUGACAGAGAAGAAAAAGCAGCUAGGGCGUAUGAUUUAGCCGCACUCAAGUAUUGGGGAACUACCACUACUACUAAUUUCCCUAUAAGUGAAUAUGAGAAAGAGGUAGAAGAUAUGAACCACAUGACGCGGCAAGAGUAUGUUGCCUCUCUGCGCAGGAAAAGUAGUGGUUUCUCUCGUGGAGCAUCGAUUUAUCGAGGAGUAACAAGGCAUCACCAACAUGGAAGAUGGCAAGCUAGGAUCGGAAGAGUCGCCGGUAACAAAGACCUCUACUUGGGAACUUUUGGCACACAAGAAGAGGCUGCAGAGGCAUACGACAUUGCUGCCAUCAAAUUUAGAGGAUUAACCGCAGUGACUAACUUCGAAAUGAGCAGAUACAACGUUAAAGCAAUCCUCGACAGCCCGAGUCUUCCUAUUGGUAGCUCUGCGAAACGUCUCAAGGAAGUUAACCAUCUGGUUCCUAGUAUGAUGAUCAAUAACGUUUCAGAGAGUGAAAACGAUGCUAGCGGUUGGCAAAACGCUGCGGUUCAGCAUCAUCAUGGAAUAGAUUUGAGCUUAUUACAGCAACAUCAAGAGAGGUACAAUAAUUAUUACCAUGGAGUGACUGCUCGGGCUUAUUUUAAAGAAGAGGAAGAUCAGCACCAUUUCCUGAGCAACUCCAACUCCCAGAGCCUCAUGGCUAAUAUCGAUCAGCAUAGUUCUGCUUCGGGUGAUAUGGUUACUGUUUAUGGAAAUGUCGAUGGUUAUGGUAGUCAUCAAGCACUUGCAAUCCCGGUUGGAACAUCUCUUAACUGCGAUGCUUUGGCCGCUGCUGAGAUUGCUUACGACGCAAGAAACCAUUAUUAUUUUGCUCAGCAACAGCAAGGAGGAGGAGGUUUUCCUGUGGGAAUUUCGAAUAAUGUUGGCUCUAAUAUGUACUUUAAUGGGGAAGGUGGUGGAGAAGGGGCGUUUACAGUUUGGAACAACACUUAG